AUGAUACGAAAUGCACUAAAAAGACAGCUUUCCUCCGCCGAGCUUUUUGAAAAGGAAGCGGCAUUUGGAGCCACAAAUUAUGCCCCUAUCAAAUGCGCGAUUAAAAAAGCUGAAGGGGUUUACAUGUGGGACGCGGAGGACAAAAGAUACUUCGACUUUCUCUCUGCUUAUUCUGCUGUGAACCAGGGCCACUGUCAUCCAAAGAUUAUUGAUGCUGCCGUUCAGCAAAUGAAGACGCUGCACUUGACCUCGCGUGCGUUUUUUAACGAUCAAUUGGGACCUUAUUCCGAAUUCGUCACGAAGUUCUUUGGAUAUGAUCGAAUUCUUCCGAUGAACACAGGUGUUGAAGGCGGUGAAACUGCUUGUAAAAUCGCUAGAAAGUGGGCUUAUGAAGUCAAGGGAGUCGAAGCUGACCAAGCAGAAAUCAUCUUCGCCGCCGAGAACUUCUGGGGUCGAACUCUAGCUGCCUGCUCUAGCUCAACUGAUCCAACGUGCUUCACGAACUUUGGUCCAAAGAUGCCGGGAUUCUCCAUCGUUCCAUACAACGAUUUGGCGGCGCUUGAAGAACGAUUCAAAGCAAAUCCAAAUAUUGCUGCUUUUAUGGUUGAACCGAUUCAAGGAGAAGCUGGCGUUGUUGUUCCUGAUGAUGGCUAUCUUCGGGGAGUCAGAGCCUUGUGCGACAAAUACAACGUCCUUUGGAUCGCAGAUGAGGUUCAGACCGGCCUUGCAAGAACUGGAAAGAUGCUUGCUGUUGAUUACGAAAAUGUAAAACCAGACUUACUGAUUUUGGGCAAGGCGCUCAGCGGGGGCGUGUAUCCCGUCUCAGCCGUUCUUGGUAGCCACGAAACGAUCCUCUCUAUCCGUCCUGGCGAGCAUGGCUCAACUUAUGGAGGAAACCCAGUUGCCUGCGCAGUCGCAAAGGCUUCCCUUGAAGUUCUCGUCGACGAAGACCUGGCUGGAAAUGCCUUCCGAAAAGGAGAAGUUCUCCGCGAGGAGCUCUCAAAACUCCCCCAAGAAAUUGUCUCCCUCGUUCGCGGCCGAGGACUGCUAAAUGCGAUUGUCAUCAACGAAGGCUACGAUGCUACCGAAAUUUGCUACAAGCUCAAAGACAAUGGCCUCCUUGCCAAGCCCACUCACGGCCAUAUUAUCCGAUUCGCACCGCCACUUGUUAUAAACGACGAGCAAUUGACUGAAUGUAUUGAUAUCAUUGACACUACUGUUCGAUCGUUUUUGUAA